UCAUUCCGCCCUCCAGACUCAGAGCGGCUAAAAGAAAAAGAGCGUUUAUGAACAAAAGGAUUUUUAUUUUUGAUUUUUUUGCAUAAUAAAGCUUAAAUCUCACAUCAGAGCACAGCUUUUAUUCGUUUAUUUUUAGAUUAAUGCAAUUUUACGGGGAGUAAAAGCCGGGUGCGCACAAAUCAAUAAGGAAUGACCAGAGAACUGACCCAAACCAGGAUCCAGAAGAUCUGGAUUCCAUCAAAGGAGGAAAAACCCGCGAUGACUCGCAAGUCUGGUGGAGCUCCUCAUCUGGCCAACCCUCCCACCGUCAUAGUGAUGGUCGGUCUGCCUGCUAGGGGCAAAACGUUCAUGUCAAGGAAGCUCACACGCUACCUCAACUGGAUUGGCAUUCCAACUAAAGUCUUUAACGUUGGAGAGUACCGCAGAGAGACGGUGAAGCACUACAGCUCCUUCGAUUUUUUCAAAACAGAAAACAAGGAAGCUGUAAAAAUCAGAGAACAAUGUGCCUUAGCUGCUCUACAAGAUGUGAAGGCUUACCUGACUGAGAGGGGAGGUGAAAUCGCAGUUUUUGAUGCUACAAACACAACCAGAGACAGAAGAAACAUGAUCCUGGAGUUUGGUGCCGAGAACAAUUUUAAGAUCUUCUUUAUUGAGUCUGUAUGUGAGGACCCAAGUGUCAUUGCAACCAAUAUCAUGGAGGUGAAGGUGUCAUGUCCUGACUACCAGGACUGUAACAAGACAGACGCCAUUGAGGAUUUUCAGAAAAGAAUUGAGUGUUACAGAGUGAACUAUCAGCCGCUGGAUCAGGAUGAUUAUGACAGGAACUUGUCCUUUAUCAAAGUAAUCGAUGUGGGCCGUCGGUUCCUCGUAAACCGAAUCCAGGAUCACAUCCAGAGCCGCAUCGUUUACUACCUUAUGAACAUCCACAUCCAGCCGCGCUCCAUCUACCUGUGCAGACAUGGAGAAAGUCAGCAUAACCUGCAGGGUCGUCUGGGAGGAGAUUCGGGCCUCUCCACCUGUGGAAGAAAGUUCUCUACAGCUCUGGCUAAGUUUGUUGAAGAGCAGAAGCUGACAGAUCUGAAGGUGUGGACGAGCCAGCUGAGGAGAAGCAUACAGACGGCCGAGGCACUCAACGUAGCGUACGAGCAGUGGAAAGCUCUGAACGAGAUCGAUGCUGGUGUGUGUGAGGAGAUGACCUAUGAGGAAAUAAGGGAGCGUUACCCUGAAGAGUUUGCUCUCCGAGACCAGGACAAGUUUUAUUACCGCUACCCCACUGGAGAGUCCUACCAGGACCUGGUACAGCGGGUGGAGCCGGUCAUCAUGGAGCUUGAGAGGCAGGAGAACGUUCUGGUCAUCUGUCACCAGGCUGUCAUGCGCUGCCUGCUUGCGUACUUCUUGGAUAAGAGUGCUGAUGAGAUGCCUUACCUCAAGUGUCCACUCCACACUGUGCUGAAACUCACCCCGGUGGCUUACGGGUGUAAAGUGGAGUCUAUCUCGUUGAACAUUGAAGCAGUGAACACACACCGGGACAGACCUGAGGAGCUAAAGAGAAGUCAAGGCACUCUGAUCAGGAGGAACAGUGUCACACCUCUAACCAGUCACGAACCGACGAAGAAGCUUCGUAUGGAAGGACUGGAUGAUCCUUCUAUCCCAGAGCUCACCCCCGCACCCCUGCCUUUCUGUGCUAGUGCCAACAACUCCAUUACACUGUCCACACAGCACUGGCUUGGCCUUGCAUGUCUACGCUCUGUGUUCCACUACCUGACAGUGGUGUCUGUACUGCUGUUUCAGAGGUAAUAUUUACACCUCUCGUCCUGCACAGUGACCCGCUCACUCCUGUGGUUUUAGUAACAAGGGUUAAACUGAGACAUUUGCCGACGUUAGAAGCCGAGCAGUUGGAACAAUUAAAACCUACAUUGACUCCAAAAUAAAACUAAGGGUAAUUUGGACUCCCUGUGAUAGAAAAGCAUAUGGAUUAUGUUAGGCCACUGUUGUAAAUACUUUUAAUGCCAUAGAAUCAAGAACAUACACUGUACGGCCAAAAGUAUUUGGACACCUCACUGUAAGCUUGUGACCUCUAUAACUACAGCCACUCUUCUGAGAAGGCUUCUCACAAGACUUGGAAGUAUGUCUGUGGAGAUUUGUACCCAUUCAGCCAAUAGAGCAUUUGUAUGACUGGGCACUGAUGUCAGGUGAUGUUUCAGUUCAUGCCAAAGCUGUUGAGUGGGGCUGAGGUCAGGGCUCUGUGCAGGACACUGGAGUUUCUUUAGAUCAAGCCUUUCUUCAUGUAUUUACUUUUGUGGCAUUUAGCGGACGCUUUUAUCCAGAGCGACUUAUAAUAAUGGCUGAACACAAUUCAUUUGAACAAUUAAGGGGUUAAGGACCUUGUUUAGAGGCUCAACAGUGGCUACUUGGCAAUGGUGGGCUUGAACGGCAACCUCCUGAUUGCUAGUCCAGUACCUUAACUACUGAGCUACUGCUGCCCUUAUUUAGCAAUGCACUUAAAAACCAUCAUAUAGCACCAUAUGAACAAAAUACGAAACUAAAUUAAACAUAAUCUCCCAUUUUAGCGCCUUAAAUUUGUCUUCCUCUGCUGAGAGAUACCCGAUUGCAUCCGAAGAGAGCACGCCGCUGUACAGCCCUCCUCUUCUCGCCCCUGCAUUUCGCACAGGCGUCUCUUCCGCCAAUCAGGGUCCUUACACAGUCUAUGAAAAGCCACCCACCCACACAUAGUCUGGCCCCCAGCCUGCAGAUACGGUGGCUAAUUAGUAUCUGCUGCAGGCACUGCCAAUUACGCCCUCCAGAUGGUGCCCAGCCGACCGGUAGCAACUGUCGAGUUUCAAACUGAGGACUACAUAAACAUAAUUUUUUUAUUGUAGUUUUUGUUAAAAAGAUUUGGUGAUUUAUUAUUUUUAAACAAAAAACAAAAAAAAAAACUCUUUAAUUAGUGAAUGUUGUUACUGGACAAAGAAGCGAGAGAGACUGCCACGGCAUGUUAGUGACAUGUACAUUUUUAGAGUAUUUAGGUAUUUGUAGCUCAGUGGCUAAGGCAAUGGACUAGUAAUCAAAAGGUUGCCAGUUCAAGCCCCACCACUUGACACUGCUGGGCCCCUUAGCAAGGCCCUUAACUCUCAGUUGUCAUAAUUGUAAGUCGCUUUGGAUGAAAGCGUCUGUUAAAUACUGUACAUGUAUGUAAACUUUAACUGUACACGCCUGUAUGUAAAAUCUGUUGUCCAGUUGAACAUUAAGCAGAUUUCUAACCAAUCACACUGAAUGUGUUUUUGAUGCAGAACCUGAACAGACGCCCAACUGAGAUGCAUGAGAUUGCCCAGCUCUGUCAGUGACUCCAUUCACCACAGGAAGUAACAGCCCCAAAAACUUAUACAGAAGUAAAGGACCAUUCAGUUCCUGUCUUUACCAAGAUUGGCAUUGGGUGUCCACAUGGAUAAUGAAGAUGGUGAGCAGGAGUGUGUGUGUGUGUGUGUUUAUGUACUUAAGGACGUGGAGCAGAAAAUAAGCACUGUGUUAUGGAUCAGUGACUCAGCUCAUCCACGAUCACAUCACCGUUCGGCUCUUUCUCCUCACAAUCACAUCCUUUCAUCACCUGAUGACUCACGGCCACGUACAGACCCGAGUUUUAGAUACGAGCAUGAUGUUGAAGAUGACGCACUGCCCACCUGUAAUAACACCAAAGACUGUCAGAAGAUGUGUUUGUGUGGGUGUGUGGGCGGAUUUAUUUAUGUGCACACUGUCAUAUGCUGGUUGUCUUAUAAAUACUAGUCACUGAUGCAGUAAAUCAGGGCUGAACAGUAAUGGCUAAAUAAUCACACUUUAAAAAUCAAUAUUGGAAUUCUAAUUGUUUAAAAUGACAAGUCAAUCAGUUUAGGAACAAAAUAUUGUCGUAUUUUCGUUUUGGCCAAAAGUAUGUGGACACCUGCUACCUUAUCGCCAGCAAAUUCAUAUGGAGCUAGUUUUUUCAAAAGCAUCAGUUGUGAGGCCAUUGAUAUUUGACAGUAAAGUCUGGCUCAUAGUCAGCAUUCCAAUUCUUCCCAAAUGUGUUGGAAAAAAUUUAGAUUGGGAUUAGGCCAAUCGUAGGCAAACAACGUAUGGCCAAAAGUAUGUGGACACCUGCUACCUGAUCGCCACCAAAUUCAUAUGGAGCUAGUUCCCUAAAACAGAGGUCCCCCAACCACCGGGCCACACAGAAAGAAUAAAUAAUUAGAUAUCGCUUCAUCAGCAGUGAAAACACUGCUUUUAUUUUCAACACACGGGUGUUUAUCGUCUCAUAUCACCCCCAGGUGGAAGCAGCGUCUCGUUGCAGCGAAAAAGCUCAUUUGUGAGCAGUAUAAUUAUUCUAUUUUAAGUCCCUCCGCCCCGCCGGUGCGUGAGAUUAUAUUUUAUAUUAAAACCGGUCUGUGGUGCAAAAAAGGUUGCUCUAAAAGCAUUAGUGGUGAGGCCAUACAUAUCUUCAAAUAGUUACAACACAGUUGGAAGGACACGAACCUUGAGAAUGUCAUUGUAUGCUGAAGCAUUAAGAUUUCCUUAUUGCUAAAUAAGAUAAUCCAGUCCACGCCACACACACACACACACACACACACUGCCAAACCCAGAUUAAUUCAUCCUUUAGAUUGCUAGCACGAAUUAAUAAUAAAAUAUCACGCUACACAUCACUCUAACUAACACUUAGCACUGUGCAUGGUAGCAGUGUGUGUCUACAUCUACUUUUGGCCAUUUGGUGUACAUUAUAAAUACAAUUAGAUACAUUGUGCAGCCCACUUCACAGAUCAUUUGAUUUUCAUGUCUCUAAUGUUUUAUAAACGAUGUACCGCUGCUGCUUUGUCAGUUUGAGAUGCACUGAGCGAUUUUUCUAGACGGUAUUUUUGAUUAAUGAAGAUAUAUUUAUGAUAUCAUGACGUGGUAUUUGUAUGAGAUUACUGUUAUGUUACGUGUAUGUUUUGUGUUUCUAACUGGAGUGUGUUUGUAAUAAUGGAAGGGAGUGUUUAAAUGUGCUGUAAUGUUUAUUUAUUGUAGUGUGAUGAAGAAGGUUGUUUUUUACUAAACGUAUGAAUGAGUAUGAAUUUCCUAGGGUGCCUAGUGCUUUGGCUUUAGGGCCAACAAUGCUUCUGGUACUAAUAAUCUUUAGAUUAUACCACCUUUAGAUUUAUUUUAUUGUUUUAACUUUUUAGGACUGUUUGAUUAAUAUUUGAAUUUCCAUAAAUGCUUAAUGAUAAAUGUUUACAUUAGUUAUUUUAGACUGAAACACACUUUAGGAUUAAUGAUGUUAGUAUUUUUUUAAAGAAUCAAUGCUGUAAAUGCACUUUGAUAGCUGUGGUUUGCCUAAAAUGCUAACAUAAAGUAGGUGUCAUGUAUUUUCAUGCUCUUAACCGUUAGACUUGUUCCUGCUUAUUUUGAUACUUGAAUAUUUUAUAAAGCUCAGUUAUUUAUUCUUAGGUUGUAUAUAUGCACUUUUAAUAUGAGGUAUUUUCUUAGUUUAGUUUAUGGCUCAUUCAACUCCCCUAAACUGUCUAUUUAUAAGGAUUUGCUUUUACUGUAUUAAUAAAUAACCUGAAAA